AUGCCGAAGUGUGCGUUCAAUGAGUGUAGAAAUGUAACAUCCCGACUUAAAAAAAGUGAUGGAAUAUCCUACUUUCGCUUUCCUCGUAAUCCAAUUCAAUGUGCAAAAUGGGCUCGAAUAGUUGGCCGGCAGAGAAAUCAGCAGAACUUUAAACCCAAUAGAUCAAGUGUCGUUUGUUCAGAGCACUUCCGUGAAAGUGAUUUAUAUGUCACUGAUAAGGGCAUAAAGCGCAUUCUUAAAACUGCUGUACCCAAGAUUGAUCUUACUGAAGACGAUGACGAAUCUACCAUAUCUGAAGAAAUAACUGAUAGUUUGCUACUUGAUAUAGACUUUUCUGAUCUCAUUGACACCACUAAUGAAAUUAUAAAUAACAUUCCAGAUGACAUUUUUAGAUCUGCUUUUGAAAACAGUGAUGAAUCAUCUAAAAAGGAGUUAACUCCUAGGCCAGCGGACCCCACAGAUAUGAUCUAUUUCCAAGGGGAACUAGACAAACGCCGUAAAAGAAUUAUUGAAAAAGAAAAAGUUGUAAAGAAAAGAAAUUAUAAAAAUCCUAAAAAAACUUCCUUAUUUAAAACCACAUUGAAGAAGUUGAAGAAAAAAUUACGUAUGAAUGCCAGACUACACUCAAAGCCUGUUAAAUCAAUCUCAAAUCUACCUAAGGAAUAA